AUGUGCGCGCGAUAUCGCAUACAUUUUACCGACUUUAUUUUGAAAGCCACUGUUUCCGCCGCUAACUUCCUAGGCAUACUGCCAUUUCGCUACAACAAAAUUAAGCGCCGUGUGGAGUCUUCGAAAUUCUUGAUUAACUAUACUAUCGGCAUCAAUGUGAUCACGGUCAUUUUGCUCAUACUCUCCUGGCCGACACAAGAUCAUCUAAAUGUGGACAUUUUGCAGCGCAAACCGAUUGUGGCGCUCGUGAAUAGCGUAAAUUUAUAUAGUACGAUGUACACGAUAGUGCUAAUUAUUUGGGCGAACUGGCGUGAUCACAGGCGUCUCUUGGACUUCUUCAAUGCCUGUUGGUUUAUGGAAUGUGAGUGCUUUCGCAUUUUCAACGAAUACCAGCAGGAAUGUGUGCAAUUCGAUAAGUACAUCAUAUGGAAGGGUGUUCUAACGGUGUUGCAAAAUAUCUCAUUCGUCAAUACGGUUUAUGAUUUCGAGAACUAUAGCUUGUUUUUUCGUGUGUUGCUAAUAAUUUUCGUAUAUUUCUUGCUGAAUGUAAUGCUGAUUACCAUACAGCUCUUCAAUAUCUGUGUGCUCUAUCAAUAUCGCGGCUUUUGGGUGCUCAAUCGUCGGCUGGAGCAUAUCAGCGAGCUGGAAUUGCGGCAAUGGAAUGUGGUGCAUAUCGAAGAGGAAAUUAGUAGACUCUCUGGCAUUUACUUGCGUUUGCUGCGCAUUUGCCGAAGAUCUACGAUUAUGUACGAGCAGCAAACAUUGCUGAUGAUCGCCGUGCUGUCGGGUGCGAAUAUUUUGGGCCUGUUUUUUGCAAAGAUCAUUUGGACCGGAAAGGUGCUGGAAAUGAGCGCCUGGAGUAUCUUCUUUAAUCUACAAAUGAUUCUAAUUAAUCUUAUCGAUUUUUGGUUAACGAUAACCAUCUGUGAAUUGACGGUGAAUACUUCAAAAAGAACGUCGGAUUUGCUACGAAAAUUUAAUGAUUAUCGACAUUUAGGCAAAGGCCUGGCGCGAAAUAUGGAGCAAUUUGCAUUUAUUUGUUGUGAUAAUCAACUGAGUUUCCGUGUAUGUGGCUUGUUUGACCUUAAUCACGUGACCGGCUGUCAUGUUCUCUUCACAAUGAUUUUAUAUUUUAUAUAUUUCGUUCAAUUUGAUUAUAAUGAUUUAUGA